AUGGCCAUGGCAACAUUUACCUCGAUCCGGCUGCGGGACCUUAAACAACUCGGUUGCGCAUAUGGUUUAUCCUCGGUUGUGCAUUCCACGUUUGAGCAUUCUCUCGGCGUGUAUUGGCUUGCUGGUGAAGCUGUUCAAAUGCUGAAAAAGUACCUGGGUUUGGAACUAGUUAUUGAUAAAUUCGAUAUUCAGACAGUGAAACUUCUAGGACUUCUGCAGGAUGUGGGUCAUGAAUCUGAGGAAGAUUGUGUAGGACCAGUGCGCUUGCCAUUUGGCAGUUUUCACAUGGACGUGUAUGGGGUUUGGUCAAGGCAUGACCAAUAUCUGUCGUGGCACAGCUGCAAAUCAGAGUACUGUGGUGUUCAUCUUCAGCGGGACUUGUUCCGUGCUUGCAAGGAGCUGAGAGGCUUCACAAGCUUUAAGCUGAGGCCAGAGAGCAAACGUGGGAGGACUGAGUUCCUGCAAAUUUCUUCUUCCUUUAUUGCUACGGUUCCUUAUAAAGAAGGUCAGAGUACAGCUUUGAAUGGUACAGGGCUACAGGCUUUUCUUUGUAGAAAGAAAGACAGUGGAAAUUCAAACUCUGUUUCAUUGGAAACACAAGUCCAGCAAUGCAGUAUAGAGGUGGACGAGGAAGACCAUUUAGAAGGCCACCCAGUGAAAUCAGGACUGGAUCUCUUAGGGUAG